CCUAUGAGUCAUAUUUCACCACGGAAUUUCUCCUCGGUCAUACUUCCGAGUAGGGAAUGGAGACAAGGCAGAACUCGAGUUCUCGAAGUGAGCCAAUGUCGGGGUCGAAAUCGGGACAGCGUUAGCUCUUCAGAAAUAUGGUGAGCGGAUGAGUGACUUUGAAAUAUAUUCUGAUUCCAGUCAUUUUCUCCUCGUAUGCAUGACUCACAAAUCAAUUUGGAUGGACUCAAGUACAAGAUCAUCCACCGCGAGUGACCUCGCCAACUAUCGUUUCCUUCCAGACGCAUAGUUAUCAGCAGAGUUUUGAUUUAAGGCAAUAUUCCGACUCUAUCAUUCAAGACCCCGAGGCGCAGAGAUGGCGACCAUCCCAGUGAACACUGAUAACCCCGUCUAUUUCUGGAAACCAGAAGGAGACGUUGGCUUUUUGGGGCAGUGGUGGCCAUCAUCGUUCACGUGGGAGCACGACGGUGAGAGAUACACAUACGCAAAUGCAGAACAAUAUAUGAUGCAUCGCAAAGCGCUCCUCUUCGCUGGACCAACCCAUCCAAUCACCCAAGAACUCCAAAAGGGCUGGAAACUUCAUCCAAGGGUCAUCCGUGAUCUAGGUCGAAAGAUCCCCAACUUUUCCCAAGAAGUGUGGGAGCAACAUCGAAUUGUGAUUGUUGCCGAGGGGAGCUAUCUUAAAUUCUCGCAGAACAAAGACCUCAAACAGAAGUUACUCGCGACUGGUAACCAAGAAUUGGUGGAAGCUAGUCCGCGGGAUCGUAUAUGGGGAGUUGGCUUUGCGGCGAAAAAUGCGAAUGUCAAUCGAAGUGAGUGGGGGUUGAAUUUACUGGGGAAAGCGCUCAUGGAAGCCAGAUCGAGGUUGUUGAAAGAAGCGGCAGGCGAGGAAGAAUAGCAGAAACGAGUUGAAGGAG